CCGUGGAGGAGGGGGUUGAGCCCUGGAGCUCAAGAAGAUUGUGCUCCCCCUCUGUCCGAAGUCUGGGCAGUCCCCUGCAGGUCGCCCCUUUAAAGCCCAAGGAGGGACUCCCAAAGGGAGGGUGGGGUCUCUCACGGGCCAGCUGUAGUAUUGGGGUCUCCAGGGCCACACCCAGUUCCAGGCUGCUCGUGAGGAACCAGAGAGUGGGAGCAAAGCACAGGCUGGCCAGCUGGGGCGCGGAGCCGGGAGGAGGCAGCGGUAGCAGCAGCAUUUGGAGCGGCAGCGGCAGCGGCAGCAGGAACAAGUACCAACCACACAGCGGCUUCUCUGCCGAGCAGCCACAGUCCCCGGCCGCGAUGGCGCUGCAAAGCCCGGCCAGCGAGGAAGCCCAGGGACCCUGGCGGGAGGCAGACCAGGAACAGCAGGAGCCGGUGGGUAGACCCGAGCCUGAGCCCGAGCCUGAGCCAGAGCCGGUGCCCCCACCCGAGCCCCAGCCCGAGCCCCAGCCGGAGCCCCAGCCCUUACCGGACCCUGCACCCCUGCCGGAGCUGGAGUUUGAGCCCGAGCCGGUGCACGAGCCCGAGCCCACGCCCACGGUGGAGACCCGCGGCACCGCGCGCGGCUUCCAGCCCCCUGAAGGUGGCUUCGGCUGGAUGGUGGUCUUCGCUGCCACCUGGUGCAACGGCUCCAUCUUCGGCAUCCAGAACUCCUUCGGGAUCCUCUACUCCAUGCUGCUGCAGGAAGAAAGAGAGAAAAAUCGCCAAGUGGAGUUCCAAGCAGCAUGGGUAGGAGCCCUCUCAAUGGGCAUGAUCUUCUUCUGUUCUCCUAUUGUGAGUAUAUUCACUGAUCGUUUGGGCUGCCGAAUCACAGCAACCACAGGGGCUGCCGUCGCUUUCAUUGGCCUCCAUACCAGCUCCUUCACCAGCUCGCUAAGCCUGCGUUACUUCACCUACGGGAUUCUCUUUGGUUGUGGCUGUUCCUUCGCCUUUCAGCCAUCUCUCGUCAUCCUGGGCCACUACUUCCAACGCCGCCUGGGUCUGGCCAAUGGUGUGGUGUCUGCUGGGAGUAGCAUCUUCUCCAUAUCCUUCCCCCUCCUCAUCAAAACGCUGGGGGCUAAGAUCAAGCUCGCCCAAACCUUCCAGGUGCUGAGUACCUUCAUGUUCGUUCUUAUGCUGCUUUCACUCACCUACCGGCCCCUCCUGCCCAGCUCUCAGGACACCCCAAGCAAGAGAGGUGUCCACACCCUAUGCCAGCGCUUUCUGGCUCAGCUCAGGAAGUACUUCAAUAUGCGAGUGUUCCGCCAACGUACCUACCGCAUCUGGGCCUUCGGGAUCGCUGCUGCUGCCCUUGGCUACUUCGUUCCCUAUGUACACCUGAUGAAGUAUGUGGAAGAGGAGUUCUUAGAAAUCAAGCAGACCUGGGUGCUUUUGGUGUGUAUUGGGGCUACCUCAGGCCUCGGACGCCUUGUGUCAGGCCGUGUCAGCGACUCCAUUCCUGGACUUAAGAAGAUCUACUUGCAGGUCAUCUCCUUCCUGCUCCUGGGUCUGAUGUCCAUGAUGAUCCCCCUAUGCCAGGGCUUUGGGGGCCUCAUCGUUGUCUGCCUCUUCCUGGGCCUGUGUGAUGGCUUCUUCAUCACCAUCAUGGCCCCCAUCGCAUUCGAGCUGGUGGGCCCAAUGCAGGCCUCACAGGCGAUUGGCUACCUCCUGGGCAUGAUGGCACUGCCGAUGAUUGCUGGGCCCCCAAUUGCAGGCCUCCUUCGCAACUGUUUUGGGGAUUACCAUGUGGCCUUCUACUUUGCUGGUGUGCCUCCCAUCAUUGGGGCUGUGAUACUCUUCUUUGUCCCUCUGAUGCACCAAAGGAUGUUCAAGAAAGAGCAAAGGGAUUCCAGCAAGGAUAAGAUGUUGGCCCCUGACCCGGACCCCAAUGGGGAGCUGCUGCCGGGCUCCCCCACCCCUGAGGAACCUAUCUAAUGCCUCUUCCUUGCUGUUGUGUGCUCCUCCCCAGCCCUUGCCCUUCACCAUGCCCUGCUCAGCAUUUACAUUUUUUGCCACUAGCACACAUAUUCCCAGUCCUGUGCACACAGUGUUUCAGCCUCCUGACCAUCCCCUCGGAGCCAAGGCUCCAGGUGUUCCAAACUCAUUAACCAAACUCUCCCCAUGAAUGCCUUUAAACUUGCCAGGGCCCUUCCUCUGCCAGGAUCUAGGAAGGCUUAGGCUCAGCCCCUGGCCUUUGGAACCUCUCCAUAUACUUUGUAACACCUGGGGGAAGGGAGGGAUGGGACCUCUUGGCCCCAGCUCUUUAGUCAACCACUAAAAGCAACUGCCAAAGGUGCUACUACGUUCCCAGAAGCCUGGUGAGGAGACCCAAGCCUCUGCGUGCUGAAGACUUCCUUGUACUAGGGAGAAUUUGGCUGGGAGAGGAAAGAGGGCAGAGAGGCAAAAUAAGACAAGGAAACUUCUUUAGCCUCAGAGUCUCUGAGGGCUGUGGCUUCCCAAGAGCUGUGGGUGCCAUCAAUUUACAAGUGUACAGGUAGUCUCCCCACCAUACAGCUGGUUAGCAGUCUGCUUCCUUCUUCUGUUUUUCCUUUUCUUCCUCUGCUGCUUCCUCUCCCUUCUCUUCACCCUCUAUUUCUUUUUAUGACUGUCUUAGACACAUAGGUGCUUGAAGAAAGGAGGGACCCAGAAUUUGGGCCAACUAGCCUCAUCUUGGCCCAACUCACCCCUAACACUAGCAUCAACCCCACUCAUCUCAGACUGAGUCACAUCUCACUUUUUGGCUCAGGUUGCUAUAAUCAUAGACUGGAAGCAUAGUCUCACAUAGAAAGGGACCCAAAGCACCCUUACUAAUUUUUAAGGUUCCACUCACUGAUUUUUAUAGAUUUCCCAGGCCAAUGCUUAACCUGGAGGCCCUCCCAACUCUCCAUCCUUAUAUCCACCUGUCAAAAUGUGAAGAAAUUCCUUUCAUCUCAGCAGGCAGAAAAGGACUGAACAGGGCUAGCACCGGUGGGAGGAGGGGCAACCAUUACUGACCUGAAGGAUCAACGCCUUCAUUUCUCAUUAUUCGUGACAGGUCAGUAUUUCCACCAGAUCCAGGCCAGGAAAGGGGAUGUUCUAGGGAACAUCCCAUUCCUAAAUAUGGAUCCCAAAAAGGUUCAGGCAGCAGCUGCAUGUAGGGUUGGACAAUUUAUUUUAGGAAGGGGAGACCAUGCAGUCUUUACCACCCAGGGUGUCACCUGCGCCAAGCAUCCUGGGCCACUCUGCUUAGCAGGCACUAAAGGUGCCAAGAAAUGUAGGCUCUGGACAUCUUUAACCUCCUGAAAUAGAUGCUAGACGCUUCCCUAUAUGCAGCCUCUGGACAACAGUCCGCGUGCAGAUGAGCUUUCACAACCAGGCUGUGUCCAGUUAGCACACCCCUCCCUCUUAGGAGCUCAGCCUCUCUCCUUUCUGUUGUGUUCCAUCUGUUAUUCUAACUUUUCAUCAUCUUGCCAGGAAUACUUGGCUGUCACUUGGAGCUAACAGUGAUUUGCCACCCCCAGCCAGGGCUAUCCAGGAGAAUGAAAUUGCCCCCAGGGACUCUAAAGAAGACAAUGGUCCCCACCCUAAGUUUUUCCAUUACAAGCUGGCAGCUGAGGCAUGUUUGGCCUCUGAUGGCCUUAUUCAAGUCCAGAGUCCUGAGCCCUCUCCACUAAUCCCAUUCCAGUUUGUGUCAGCUGCACAAAGGGAAACCCACCGGUUCCUGACUGUGGCUAGGAAGGGCCUGAUUACUAUACUUCGAGUUCCAAUAGCAGUGGAACAGGAGAAGCUGGGCCCAGGUGACUUAAAACUCGCAAAAGAGACCACUAAAACUGUUGGAGCAACGAGUCCCUGCUGCCGUUCACCCCCGCCCCACCUCCACCAAGUCACCAGAAGGCAGUUGGCAGGGCCGCCUCUGUUUCUCACAGUCUGGAUAAGUCUUAAGAAUCAAGCUGCCACCCAUUUCUCUCCAAGUGAAAGAAAGACAUUCACAGGUCCCAAAUCUGCCCUAUCAGGUAUCACAUAAUAUGGCGGGGUGCCCAUUUGCUUACGCUACACGUGUGUGCGCAUGCGUGGACUUGUGUGCUUUUGGAGAGAAUGUUGGUUGGCGAAAGCAGCACAGUAUUAAUAUUUAGGGUAGGAUGCAGCCUCUUAUACACCACAGUUAAAUCUAGGAAAAUGAACAAAAUUUGGGAGCUUGAGAUCUGGGACAUUAAAAUCCUCAAAAGGUUUGGAACAAAAUAAAAA